GUCAUAUCUAAUGUCGUUUUCUUUGGGCUUGCCUUCCAAAUUAUAUAAUGGACUCGACUCGAAAGCCAUCGUGAAAUUCGGUCUCAAAAUUCGCCUUCUGUUCUCCUUUUUAACCCUUUUGCAUUUCAGUUACAGUUGGCAAUGGCCUAUACCAUCAAGUUGGACUGGAUAAGGUGGAUCUUGAAGCUUUGUGGCUCCCGACAAUGUCGUCUUAUGCAUGAUGAUGCCAAGACGCGGAUCUGCGCGCAGAGUCCCUGGAGACGCCUCAUGCAAUUGACCAGGAAUAACUCGAGCAGUACUUCCGGUGGCAAUGAACCCCGCAGACAGAACCCAAAUAAGCCGAAGCCCAAUAGCAAGCAAAUCUCAUACACCGAAGGACAAACACCUUUUAGGAUCAACACACAUCGAAAUGCCAACCUAGUAAGAUUGCAUCCUUUGGUGAGAGACCAGGACAAAAGGACGAAGAGGCAUAAGCGACGCCUUCCGUUUGAAAAAUCAGCAACAUUGCGGUUACACAAUGCGCAGCGAAGAGAGGAGCAGCUGGCCAGGACCAUGCUAUCCCAGGAUUGCAGUGGCUCUCACUCAUCUAGCUCCACCAUACCGCUUAAGAUUCUUCAAAUGACGCAAAGGGAUCGCAUGAUGUCCUCCCAGCUGGUAAUUGAUGCGAUGAGGACCAGGAAUAUGGAGAGAAUGGUGCGCAAAUCGGAGGCCAGGAUGUUGAACGAGCGGGUCAAAAAGCUACUGGAGAAACAGAAAGAAGCUAAAGUGGAAGUGAAGAGGCAGCAAUCGGACGAUGACUUCACUGUUCCCAAUCCAAAGAUCAUGGUGCCGGAACAGCGGCCACUGGAGGUCCAAGCGGUGGUGCAAUUGCUAAAGAAGGCCAUUUCCCUGGUCCAUUUCGGUCACGAGGAGCCCUGCAAGGUGAAGGAUGUACGGAUCUCCAGGAUGCAGACCAAGCUGGACAUAGAUGGCCUGCAUCCUUGCGGCAGCUCUAUUGAUUCCUUCGCCAGCACUGACAACCCGCAGUCCUCCAAAGCCUACCACAUGCGCAUUCGCUGCACCAAGAAAUCGGAAAUCCAAAUCAAAUCCAACUCUCAGCAAAUAGCCGCCAGUCUGAUGAAGGAGGAGCAGAGGCGCCUGGAUCGAUUGAGGGCGGAAAAGGUGCAGUUAAUCGGGUGUAAGGAUAACACAAGACUGGGUUUCAUAAACAGGAAUGAAGGUGAUGGCAGGCAGGCAAACUCCACACAUCCUGCCACAUCCUCCAAGCCAACAGAUCUGAACAUGAACUCCUCGAUUGUCGAUCCCAAAUCUUUUCUCACAAAAGUGCUCGAUAAGAAGGAGGUUCUGUCGGUUGAUCAGGUUAAUAAUUUCGUGGAAAAUCCGGAUGUCUUCUCAAAGGCACCGAAAAGAAAACCAGCGACCAAGUCCAAUGGAGGACCUGCUAAACAUUUGCCACAAUGAAAUCGCAUGCUUCAAACUAUUUUAUAUAUAUAAAAAAAAGAACCUGUUAAAAACUCCACAAA